AUGUCUAACAAUUCAAGCCCAACUCUUCUUCAUAUUAAUGAGAUCACUACUAAUAUCUAUCGAUUUACAUUUCCUCCUUUGAUCAUUUUUGGUCUUAUCGGUCAUAUACUUGAUAUAAUUAUAUUUACUCGACCAAAGCUUAUUUCAAAUUCAUGUUGUAAUUAUUUUCUUACAUCAUCAUGUGUUUCUAUAAUACAAAUCCUAUUUGGUCAAUUAUUUCGUUUGUUAAAAGGUGGUUAUCAUAUACCAAUAACAGUUCUUUGGUGGUGUCGAGUACGUAUAUUUGUCUUAUAUUCGACUUACUUGGCAUCAACAACUCUAAUCACACUUGCAUCUGUCGAUCGCUUUGCGUCAUCAUGUUCUCAAGUAAAAUAUCGUCGAUGGGCUAAUGUUAAAGUUGCAAGACGCUUGAUUCCAAUUGUUUUAAUUAGUUCAGGAUUUUGUCGGUCACAUAUGUUAGCUUUUUUUGUCAUCGAUAAAAAUGAAGAAGACGAGUGUUGGGCACCAAAAGAUAGUAAUUAUCGAUUAAGUUUUGAUAUUAUUUUUCUUAUUGUUCAUGGAAUAAUCUUUCCUGUACUGAUGGGUAUAUUUGGGUUUCUUACAGUAUACAAUAUACGUCGAGGACGACGUUAUGAUCAACAACAUGGAGUAUCAAGUUUGAGACGUCAUCGUAUUCAAGGUUUUCAACGUAUGACACUUGUUCAAACAACUUGUAUCAUUGCAUUGACUCUUCCAUUUGCUGUCCAUAAAUUACAUCGAACAAUAACACAUUCUCAUUUGAAAACUCCUGAAAAAUUAGCAUGGGAACGAUUGAGCAUGUCUAUAGUAAGAUUGCUUUGGUUUUUUCAUGAUAGUGGUGCAUUUUACAUAUAUUCACUUUCAUCCGUUAAAUUUCGUCAUGAAUUAUUUAAAUUUCUUGAUGAACAUUUACCUCGAAGAGUAUAUCGAAUACAAAGGGGAAAAAAAUCUUUCGAAAUACGUAUUGAAAACAAUAACAAUAACAACUUGUAA